AGCUGCAUUGCAUACACAAAUUUUCUAUACCUCUCCAAAUACAAAGUUGCAAACCUUUUCCAAACCACAUCAUUUUAUUAUUGUUAACAAAUUGUAACUUUGGCCAUAUAAUCCCAUGGAUAAUUUACCUAAAUGUGGAGCUAAUUAUGUGCCUCUUACUCCUCUCACCUUUUUAACCAGAGCCUCUAAUUCUUAUGCCAACCGCACCUCUACUAUUUAUGCCAAUGUUCGCUUCAAUUGGCGGGAAACCCAUGAACGUUGUUGUCGCCUUGCUUCCUCCCUUCGCUCCUUAAACAUUGUCAAGAACGACGUGGUCUCAGUCCUUGCACCAAAUGUACCGGCCAUGUUAGAAAUGCAUUUUGCUGUGCCUAUGGCAGGGGCUGUGCUCAACGCCAUCAAUACAAGGCUGGACGCUAAAAAUGUUGCCCUUAUUCUCAAGCACUCAGAAGCCAAGAUCUUUUUUAUUGACUAUGAAUACAUUGACAAAGCUAAAAAGGCCAUUGAAAUACUACUGUCCGACUUUCAAAUGCCAAUGCCUCUUGUCGUUGUCAUUGAUGACAUAGAUUCCCCUACUGGAAUUCGGUUUGGGGAGCUUGAUUACGAGCAGUUGGUGUUCCAAGGCAGCCCUGAGCACGUCGUUGAGAAUAUUGAUGACGAAUGGGAUCCAAUUACUUUGAGCUAUACAUCAGGUACAACUUCAGAGCCAAAGGGAGUCGUGUACAGCCACAGAGGUGCUUUUUUAAGCACUUUGAGUUUGAUUUUGGGAUGGGAGAUGGGUACUGAGCCUGUCUACUUAUGGUCCCUCCCUAUGUUUCACUGCAAUGGUUGGACUUUCACAUGGGGAAUAGCUGCAAGGGGUGGCACCAAUGUUUGUAUGCGCAAUACAACAGCCCAAGAAAUAUACUCCAACAUAGUGUUACACAAAGUAACGCAUAUGUGUGCUGCACCUAUUGUUCUCAGCAUAAUCCUUGAGGCCAAGCCACACGAGCAGCGUCAAAUAAUGACUCCGGUACAAGUUUUGGUGGGGGGUGCACCCCCACCAGCACCACUGCUUGAAAGAAUCGAGAGGGUGGGAUUCCACGUUGUCCAUGCCUAUGGGCUCACGGAGGCCACUGGACCAGCCCUGGUGUGUGAGUGGCAAGCCAAGUGGAGCAAAUUACUGUGGGAAGAACAAGCCAGGUUAAAGGCAAGACAAGGGCUGGGCAUACUAACACUUGCUGAUGUUGAUGUGAAGGAAUUCAAGAAUAUGGAAAGUGUGCCUCGUGAUGGGAAAACAACAGGGGAAAUAUGCCUGAGGGGAAGCAGUAUCAUGAAAGGGUACUUAAAAAAUGAAAAGGCGAAUUCAGAAGUAUUCAAGAACGGUUGGUUUUUCACAGGGGAUAUGGGAGUGAUUCAUCCAGAUGGGUAUUUGGAAAUCAAAGAUAGAUGCAAAGAUUUAUAUAUAUAG